AUGCUCUUUCCUCCUGCACCUAUCGCAUUAGUAAACUCUCAAACCGGUGGUGUCCAGAAACCACGAGCCGGCGUCCUCGGAUCCAAAGAUAGUCUCACGGGUGCUCCAGAAAAAUACCAUGGCGAGGCUGUGGAGCAAGAGACUAGCAACCUAGUCCGUAGUGUCGCCGCUGUGGCCAUAGGAAGUGCAGCGGGCAAACACGAUCCCGCAGUUCCAGAUGAUGCUACAAUUGAAGACAAGAUACCGGAUGUAACAGAUAUAGCAUCUCAGGUUGGUGACUUGCAGGACUCGGCGGGUGGAGGAAUUCCGUCUACCAAGCAUAACAAGACAAAGAGGCCAAUGUCGGACGCAGUUUGGCAGAAAAUGAAGCCGAUUAUGCAUAUACUUGGUGAUGUCACAGAUACAUAUGAACACUUUGGCAAUGAAUUGUCCCCAGCUCCACCGUUCCCCAAAUAUGCAGCUCGUCUGAGACUCGCCGCCAUUUUACUUCCAAUGGCAUUGGGCUCAUUUUUCAUCACUUCCUAUAUGGUCGUAAAGGGGACCGGGUUCUUGUUCGGCUUUGUCUUUUUUGGGGACCCAAUUCUGGUCAGAAGCGCUAAUUACCUCAAUCGCCGGUUCCCUCACUGGCAGAAGAUUUUGGAAUUACGAAACUCGAUUCUCAAAGGUGUACCAACCAACGCCCAGCUUACCAUCACCCUUCUCCGCCUUGGAGAGGUAAAUGGUACACCAAUUCCUCCACCCCCAACAUCCCUCGAACAGGCACCCUCCAAGCCUACAUCUAUCCAUGAAGAUAUUCCCCUAGACGCAUCUCAAGCCGAAAUAGAAAGCGCUGUCAGACCCGAUCCCAUGAUCACUAAACAAACCACCGAACCAAACGCUCCUCUGAGAGAUAAAUUCAAGAGGAAGGGGUUCGUGCCUGCUGUGCUUCGAUUCUUCAAAGCAACAACUGCCAAGGGAGUUGAGACAAAGCUAGCUACAAACUACGCCCUGGCUGGACUUGACUAUCGACACGCAAAGAACAAUAUUGGUAUUCUGCCCAAAAAGGGUCUUGAAGUAUCACCUCGUGGACCGGAGGAACCCGUUCUAUUCUUUACGAGCGAGCUGGGUACCCAGCCACACAAUGUAGAGGAUACAAAGCAUGUCCUCUUCGCCAUACAUAUCAAGGAUAUCUGUCAUCUGAAGAAAUUAGGUGGAAUGGGUUGGAAAGGAAAGCUUGUUGUUGGAUGGGCCGAGACUGAGAAGGAGGCCAUUGAUGGACUUCGGAUUAUAGGUAAAGAUCCAAAGCAGAAUUUCCAUAUCACGACUAUGAAGACGAGGGAUCAGUUGUUCAAUCGUUUGGUGGCCAUGGGGGAACAGGUGUGGUAUAUCUGCUGA